ACAAACAACGAUGAUGGACGAACUGGAAGCAGCAGUGUGCUCGCAGGAAAAGCGCAUUUACGCAUGCGCCAAGCAUCUUCACUCCCUGUGCGAGUCACAAACGGCGGUGCGCCCGCUGGACACAACAAAUGCGACCAUCCUUCGUCUUCGUCAAGAGCAGGCACAGCUACAUCAACAGCUCAAGGAGUUGACAGCUAUUGAUGCACAACAACAACAACAGCAGCAACAACAACAACAACAGCAACAGCAACAGCAGCAACAGCCACAACCUGCCAGUGUCAAACCUGCAUCAACACAACUCACGCGAGAGGUAGCAACCGCCGAGAGCGAGGCCUUGCAUUUUCUUGCGAACCACUUCAGCGAUGAUGUAGCCGAAUCGCCGCAGCAACUGGACGCUCUCCUCUCUGGCGACGAAGCCAUCCUGCGCGCCCUCGAUGCCGGCGACACCGCACAAGUCAACGCACUCCUGCAUGCACUGGAGCGUCGAGGAGAUGAAGGCUACGAUGACGAUGCACACGGUGGCAUGGGAGGAGAGGCAGAGAACGAAGAGCAACCACCAUCGCUUAUUGAGCAUCACAACAGACGCACGGCCACCAUUGUGGAACUCGACAGUAGACCUCUUGUGGCAACGACAUCUCAUGCAGAACAGCCACCAUUGACAAAGAAGAAUGGCCCCGAAGAAGAGCCAUCAGCAUCGCUGCCAUCGACGUUCUCGUCAUCACCACUGCCAGAUCGGGAUGUCGCCACAGAGGAGCUGCUUCGAUCGGAGCGCGAGGCAGAGAACACCGCACUGGCUGAGCUGAUGACGCUCGUGUCGGAGAACCCCGAUGUGAUCAACUCCCUCCCACCGGGCGUGCAGGCCAUUGUCUUUGACCAGGUGACAGCCCAGCGCGCAAUGGCGUCAGAGGAGGAUGAUGAUGAGGAUGAUGAUGAAGGCGAUGGCAACGAGCGCGAUUUCUUGAUGUAUCACGACAGUGCUGGCAGUGCUGUGGACCAGCAGCCGCACAGGAGGGAUGAGGGUAGCGCUGCACACCCGUACAUGUACAGACACACGUCCUUUGCCCAGCAACUCGCAGAGUACCGCGCUGCGCAACUCAGCCGGUUUGCGGGCGGCGAUGACGAGAACGAGUCAAGUGCCGAUCAGCGGAGUGGCAGUAGCGAGGACACCGCCGCCACAGGAGUACCGGGAGAGGCAGGCGUGAUGGCAGCAGCAACAGCAGCAGCAGCAGCAGCAACAGCAGCGGGGUCGCGUGCGAGACGGCCCGUGGUGCGACCGCCUACGACGCUCUUUGAGGCCGUGGAGAGAAAGGACCACACAGCCAUCGCACGCUUCAUCCAGGAGGGGUGGGACGUGAACGAGCAGAACCAAUAUGGCGAGACGCCACUGCACAUCGCCGUCACUGCCGACGACCACGACGCUGUCGCCCUCCUAUUGCAGGCCAACGCGAAUCUUGAGAUGGAGCUGAAUCUGUGCGGGUGGACGCCCCUGCACAAAGCGGCCGCACGCGGUGACCUGCGAAUGGUCAAGAUGCUUGUUGCUUUCGGCGCGGAUGUAAACCGGACAAAGUCUGAUGGGCUGGAUGCUGCUGCGCUUGCUGAGCGCAAUGAGCACAUGGAUGUGCAGGCGUUUUUGGAGCAGCAGCGUCACAGCGCCACACUCCCGCCAAUGCAAUUUAUGGCGUCGCUGUGCAUGCGGUGUGCAGCUUGCAUCCGACACCACUUCUUGCAUCGCAAAAGAAUGGCUAUCGACGAGCUGGCGCUGCCAGAAGGGCUCAAGCGGUGGGUGAACGGUGGCGUGGACUUCCCACGUGUGCCUGCAGGCAACGAGCAACACGACAAUGCUCACCACGACGACAGUAGUGACGAUGAAACUGACGGACUGGAAAUGAGUGAAGACAAACUCAGCAAUGCACUCGAUGCUCACAGCGACACUGCCAGUCCUGAUGCGAUGCUUUCCUCCUCAAGCACCACCACCAGCAGUGACAACAGCAGACAUGGUGGUGGACCCGCGCUUGCGACUGCGCUUGUAUCUGUGGGCGUGCUGUGUGCAGUCGGUUGGGCUGCACUCCGCUAUCUCAGGAGAUAAUGGAGGUGGUGGUGAUGAUGUGGCAGUGAUGCUGAAGGUGGUGAUUGUGUGGCUGUGGUGGGAUGCAUGAUUGUGGAGCCUUUUGCUGUGGUAUUGCAUGUGAUAUUGCGUGUGUAUGCGCCUCUGGUGUCCGUUGUUCCUGUUGCGCGUGUUCGUUAUCAUGCUUUAUUGCAUCGGCCACCACGCGAGCGUGGGUGCAGUUGCGAAGGAAUUCAUCUCGAAAGAGUCAAAACAAACCGGGGUGACAUGAUUGCAUCAAAGGAAAGAAUGAAGGAAAGCACAA